AUGAUCGCGAUUGACAGCGCAUACAGCAUGUCGGACAGCUGCACAGCAGUCAUAUUGUCCCCAUUUGGGAGCAUGACUGUAACAUUUCCACGGCCAGUUGCUAUGAAGGGUGACAUGUGGCAUCGGACACAUGUCAUGGACGAGAUGUCGGGGCCUGCUAUCAGUGCCGCAAGGUCAAAUGUCGCCAUGAAUCCAAAUUUGGGAUCUUCAGCAUCCUCAGCAACUGCAAAGUUCCCCGCACUCUGGUCCGCACCCUUCUUGUGUUGGCCUGGCCGAUGCAUGCCUGCUAGCCAUUGGCCUUCCUUCCCACCGCCGGGUCAGAAGCAGUCUGCAGCUAUGUGGUUGCACCAUCUCAUCAGACGAUGCCUUCUUCUCGAGCCAACCUUGAAUGCUGCGCCGGUCAUGCUCCUGCAUGAGGUGCUAAAUGAUUCCGGAAGGGGACUUUGGGAGAGAGGAGAGAAUGACAGCAACAAAGUCAUUGUCACCAAGAGCCGCAUCGAUGCCAAUGAGCUCGUUCUGGAGUGCGAUCAAGGUGUCGAGAACAUCAUCUUUAGCAUCUUCGGCAGGAAGCAUGGGCUCUCGUGGUUGCCGAGCAGUGCCAGCCAGAUCGGCCAGUUUGACAGAUCUUCUGAGAGCUUCGGAAUGAUCACUGUAUAUUUAAUCGGUAAGUACCUAGAAGUAUUACUACAUGAUAGAAGCAUCACUGAGGGAAGCCCAACACCGAAGGCAUCAGUAACUACAAGCGCAGUGGCUAAGAGCUGUAUAGUACUUCAGCAAUCUCCGAGCUCGUCAAACACGGCGCCAUCUUCUUUGACGCUCGAAUAUGAACCCGGCCAACAACCGACGUUCGAUUGGGACAUCUUAAGAGCUUUGCUCACCCCAGAAACUGUGAUUCUUUCCUUGGUUGAAGACAUCCCUCAUAACCUGGUGAUGUUUCGCAGCGCAAUCGAACGUGCUCAGGGUGUGAAGCACAUCUCCCUCACUGAUUCCAUUCUACCAUUGUUUUGCGCAGCUAUGGAUACGAAGACAGAUGCCGAGCAGACACCAGCCGACUCGUUUGUCGAGCACUUGCCUUUCCCCAGCCUUGAAUCCAUACAUUUACAUGACUUCCAAUCCUCACCUACAUCCACUCGAGAUCUCUUGACCCGCGUACUCGAACAGCGCAGUACAUCGCGGUCUCCUAUCCAAGAAGUCGAUCUCGACUGGAGCGUGCCGCAGAGGUGGUUUGAUGAGCUCAGAAUCAUCGUGCCGAUUGUGUGUUGGCGCGAAUAA